AAAUGUCAAAUCAGUUAAUCAGAAGCGAAAUCCGCUAGCAAUUUCUCUCCUUUUCUCCCUCUCUCUAUCUUUAAUUCUUUAUGCAAUUUCACGCCGCUGGUCUGACAAUCGAAGGGUCCUCGGGGGGAGGAAGAGGAGACAGACAAAGAUCUCCGCUGUUGAAUUUCCCAUUCUCGUCAUCCUUCUUCUUCCUUGGCUGUACGGAUUGGUAACAGUCGCCAUGAAUGAGAAGGCGAACGUUUCGAAAGAGCUCAAUGCCAAGCAUCGGAAGAUCUUGGAGGGACUUCUUAAAUUGCCAGAGAAUAGGGAAUGUGCUGAUUGCAAAAGCAAAGCUCCUCGAUGGGCUAGUGUGAACUUAGGCAUAUUUAUAUGCAUGCAAUGCUCUGGGAUCCAUAGAAGUCUUGGAGUACACAUUUCGAAGGUGAGAUCUGCUACACUGGACACAUGGCUUCCUGAACAGGUUGCAUUUAUCCAAUCCAUGGGAAAUGAGAAGGCAAAUAGUUACUGGGAGGCAGAGCUUCCCCCCAAUUAUGAUAGAGUUGGGAUUGAGAAUUUCAUUCGUGCAAAGUAUGAUGAAAAGAGAUGGAUACCCAAGGAUGGUAAGACAAAGUCACCUGCUAGGAGAAUAGAAGAAAAAGGUUCGCAAAGGCCAAAUGAAAGAAGUGGACAUGGACAAGUCAAAACUUCUGGGAACUCUUUUACUGAGCAGAAGAGUGUUCCAGCAUCUAGUACAAAGGAAUAUAUUCCCGCUCCCAGAAUUAGUGUUCCUGUGCCUCCUAAAGGACCAGAACAAGCUGCUGCAGCUCCAGUGACUGAAGAUGUGACUCAUAAAACAGAACCAGGUGGACUUACUCAACCUUCAAAGCUGGCUGCAGAUGGAGUCUCUCCCCAAAAUGUUGAUUAUGCUACUGAUCUUUUUGGUAUGCUAUCCAUGGAUGGUUCUGUUGAAAAUGUUGCAGGAGUAUCUGGAGAUGACGAUACAUGGGCAGGAUUUCAGUCUGCUGGCCCAUUGUCAUCAACUGCAGAAAAAACUAGCCCAGCUAAAGCUGAUGAUAAUAAGACCCAAUCUGCUUCCGGAAUUGAAGAUCUUUUUAAGAACUCACCAUCAGUUAUACCUAGUUCCACAUCAGAGAAGCCUCAAAAAGAUGUCAAAAAUGAUAUUAUGUCUCUCUUUGAGAAGUCCAAUGUGGUUUCACCGUAUUCCUUUCACCACCAACAACUUGCUAUGCUAGCUCAACAGCAGUCUAUUCUAAUGGCUGCUGCAGCCAAUGCUUCUGGUGGGGUGCCUAGAGCUGCUGGCAACACACAGCUAGGACUGAAUGGGACCAACUUGCCAAACCAAAGUUGGUCGCAUGCUGGUUACCAGUUCCCUGGCAUGAUGAAACCAGCAGCUGGAAAUAUUGAGUUAGAGAAAUAUAUGCAGAUGGGAAACAUGGGAGCAACUCAUCCGGCUGGGAACUCUUUUGCUCUCCCAAUGUCUAGCACAUAUGCUGUUGGAGCUAAUGCGCCCAUAAAUGGAAGUAUGACCUCAGGACCUGGCAAACAGGCCGCAUCAUCAAUUUCAUCCAGUUCUCAGCAAUCAGGAAAAGAAUAUGAUUUUUCCUCUUUGACACAGGGGUUCUUCCCAAAACAUUGAAUUUAAGCACACAAAUCAUUCACAGAAAAAUUUAGACUUGGGAAUUUUCACCUCCACUGUUUGGAGAUUGUAAACUAUUGGUAGAGGAGGAACAGUGUAAGUGUUCCAUUUUUAGGUGUAUACGAACAAUAAAGUAUUUUAGCAUGAAGUUUUCUUUUCCAGCA